GAUAUAUCAUGCUUCCCCGUUCUCUUUCUCCCUCCACCUACGAACUCUUGGAUAUCAGGGCUCCCGAUCACACAACCCUCAAGAAGUCCAAGGAAGCUCCUUUGGUUGGCCGGCCCCCGUCUCCCCCCUCAUCAGAAGCCUCACUAGACGUGUUCAGUAGUGCUGAAUUGGCCAAUACAAUUCUAGAAGGUCUCAGGAAGCCUACCCACAAGAAGUCUAUUUCAACAUUUGUACUUUAUGACAACCGUGGCCUCAAUUUGUUUGAUAAGAUCACGUAUCAAGAAGAUUAUUACCUGACGAAUGCUGAACUCGACAUACUGCAGCAGAGAGCAGAUGAAUUGGCUGAUCGUCUUCACGAUGGUUCGGUCCUAAUUGAGUUGGGUGCAGGUGCCCUUCGCAAGACCCAGUUAGUCCUUCAGGCUAUUGAGCGUAAAAAGCUGCGGGUCACAUACUACGCUCUUGACCUGGAUCAACAUGAACUUGAGAGAUCGCUCGGAAAACUGGGAGAAUUUUGCUAUGUUAAGCUAAUGGGACUACUGGGCACAUACGAUCAAGGAAUCCCUUGGCUCAGCGAGCACUUCAAGGACACAAACACACACAAGGCCAUCAUGUGGUUAGGGAGCUCAAUAGGAAACCAGAAUAGACGCGAGUCAGCCAUAUUUCUUCGCCGUCUCCAGCGUACCUGUCUUCAGCCUGGUGAUAUAUGUGUGAUCGGAUUUGAUCUUCGUAAUGAUCCUGCUAAGAUCCAAGCUGCCUAUGACGACAAGGAUGGAAUCACGCGAGAAUUCAUCUUGAACGGUCUCGAUCAUGUCAACGCUAUCCUUGGCCAAAAUAUUCUCGACCGCAAAGACUUUGCCUAUGACUCUCGGUACCAGACUGGACAUGGUCGACACGUAGCUCACUAUCGUGCUUUGCGUGAUAUGGGUCUUGUUUAUCAUUCAAAGAGCGGUGAUGUAAAAAUCGAGCUUAGUAAAGAUGAAUUGAUCCACAUUGAACACUCUUACAAGUACUCACUCAAAGAGACCACACACAUCCUCGAAUCAGCUGAACUCAAUAUGCUUGAAAAUUGGACUGACAGUAAACAUCAGUAUCGCCUGGUGGUGGCAGAGUGUCGUCCAUUUUCAUUUGGAGGAGAUCGGAAUGCUAUAAUUCACACUUUAUUCCCCCCUGAAAACGCAUACCCUCAAGACGUUAUCUCAUGCGAUACAUGUAAUGAUACUGGAAUCGAUCCUAGUGUCGCUUCAAACACACUUCCCAAUCUUGUCGGCCCCCUACACUGGCCGGAAUUUUUACCGUCUCUCUAUGAAUGGGAACAACUAUGGAAGUCGUGGGAUACAGUCACGGCCAUUAUACGUAACCAGCCAUCUAUGCUCCAUGAGAAGCCGAUCAAGUUUCGCCAUCCCUGUAUAUUCUACUUGGGCCAUAUACCCGCUUUUUUGGAUAUCCAGCUCUCUCGCAAUGCCAUUGACCAGGACAUCAAUCCAGAACACCUUUUGACUGAACCGGCUGUAUUUGCGGACAUAUUUGAGCGUGGUAUUGACCCUGACAUGGAUGACCCUUCCAAAUGCAAUCCUCAUUCGACUGUACCUACCGAAAUUAAUGGCUGGCCAUUGCUUGAUGACAUAAUGACUUAUCAAAAGGCAAUUAGAGCUCGUCUCGAGCGUCUUUUGAUAUCGUGGGAAGUUCAAUUUCAGACUGCCGGCGCCAACGGUAAUUGGCCAUCUACCGUAACCAAGCGCAAACAGCGAAUUAUGCAUAUGACGUUUGAGCACGAAGCAAUGCACCUCGAAACCUUGUUAUACAUGCUUGUCCAGAGCCCCAACGUCCGUCCACCUCCAGGAGUAGGACUACCUGACUGGAAGAUGGCAGAAAUCUCAGCAUCAUUUGCGAGCCAAUUUUCAGCCAAGAAAUGUCUUGAUUCUGCGCCUAUGUUAGAGAUGAAGGCUGGAUCUGUGGUACUAGGACAUGAAGACGACGAAUCCUCCGAUUGGACUCCUAUGGAUGGUGCUCCUGUGAAUGCUUUGGAAAGCACUACCACUCAUGGGCUGACUUCUUUUGGGUGGGACAACGAACACCCCUGCAGGGUUGUCAGGGUAUCCGCUUUUAGUAUCCAAUCGAGACCAGUCACCAAUGGCGAAUAUCUUGCUAAACUGGGCAAUCGACCUUUGCCAGAAUCUUGGGGACGUAUUGCCGGACAAGACGUAAUUGGAGUGAAAACAGUGUUUGGUUUGUGUCCAAUGAAGUACUGUAUGGACUGGCCAGUCCAAGUCUCGGCUGCUGAAGCAGAAGUAUAUGCUAGUCUUAUGGGAAUGCGACUUCCAACAGAGGCAGAGUUAGUGAUGUUUAGAAAGAGUGCAAAAUCUGAAAGAAUCCCUAAUAUUGGAUUUGGUGAGUGGAGUCCGACAGCUCUAAGAAAUGAUGAGAUCCACAUUGUUGGAGAUGUCUGGGAGUUGACUGGAACAAUUCUGGAAAGCCACGAGGGGUACAAUCCAUCGACGAUCUAUCUUGGCUAUUCGAGCGACUUUCUUGAUGGGAAGCACAGGGUAGUGCUGGGUGGAAGCUGGGCAACACAUCCACGCAUUUCUUGUAGAGAAACAUUCCGGAAUUGGUACCAAGCUAGCUAUCCAUUUGUGUUUAGUGGCUUUCGUCUGUGCAGAAGUUAGUUUAUGCUUUUUGUUCUUAGUGAAAUAUAACCAAUAAAAGAGAGUGAUAUCAUUUUGACGAACAGUAUCCAAAAGAGAAGCUUUCUCACGAUGGUUUGGUACUGCGCACCC